AGUUAAGUGCGUCGUUUUGUAGUCCCUGAAAGGGGAGUAGUUCGGGAGUUCUGGCAACCCAGCGCAAGGUUUCAGCUGCAUCACGCAGAACUGGUCAUACAUACUCCGGCGUGUUGUAUCUACUCUUCUAUCAGGGAUUUUCAACAGUCAUGGCUGAUGAGGGAUAUGUAGUACGCAUCAGGGGUCUCCCUUGGUCCUGCUCAGUGGAUGAAGUACAGAGGUUUUUCUCAGAGUGCAAAGUCAUCAGCAAUGGAGGUGGCAUCCACUUCACCUACACAAGAGAGGGGCGUCCCAGUGGAGAGGCAUUUGUGGAGAUGGAAACAGAGGAAGACCUGAAGAUUGCAGUGAAGAAGGACAGAGAAACUAUGGGUCACAGAUAUGUGGAGGUUUUUAAAUCCAACAAUGUCGAGAUGGACUGGGUCAUGAAGCACACUGGUCCAAACUGUCCAGAAACCGCAGGAGAUGGGCUCGUCCGGCUCCGAGGACUUCCUUUUGGCUGCAGCAAAGAGGAGAUAGUACAGUUUUUCUCAGGGUUGGAAAUCGUGCCAAAUGGGAUAACAUUGCCGGUGGACAUCCAGGGGAGGAGUACGGGGGAGGCCUUCGUGCAGUUUGCUUCACAGGAUAUAGCUGAAAAGGCUCUAAAGAAACACAAGGAAAGAAUAGGGCACAGGUACAUUGAGAUCUUCAAGAGUAGCCGCGCUGAGGUGCGGACACAUUACGAACCCCAGCGGAAGCCCAUGGGCAUGCAGAGACCCGGCCCCUAUGACCGGCCCUCUGGUGGUCGUGGCUACAACAUGAUUGGACGAGGGGGGUCCUAUGACAGAAUGCGUCGUGGAGGCUAUGGAGGAGGUGUAUCGGACGGGCGGUAUGGCGAUGGCGGCUCUUCCUUCCAGAGCACAACAGGCCACUGUGUCCACAUGAGGGGCCUGCCAUACAGAGCCACAGAGACAGACAUCUACAACUUCUUCUCGCCAUUGAAUCCAGUGCGGGUCCACAUUGAGAUCGGCCCAGAUGGCAGGGUAACCGGGGAGGCAGAUGUAGAGUUUGCAACACACGAGGAUGCAGUGGCAGCCAUGUCCAAAGACAAAGCUAACAUGCAGCACCGCUACGUGGAGCUGUUCUUGAACUCAACAGCAGGUGGCAGUAAUGGCGCCUACAGCAGCCAGAUGAUGGGUGGCAUGGGGAACCAGUCGUCAUACAGCGGGGGCCAGCUGAGCUCAGGAUAUUCCGGUGGAUACAGCAGCCAGGGCAAUAUGGGCGGCUACAGUGAUUACAGUAACCAGGGCGGAAUGGGAAGCAGUUACUACGGCGGCAGCAGCGGAGGCGGAGGAGGAGGAGGCGGAGGAGGAGGAGGCGGGGGAGGAGGAGGAGGGGGAAGCAGAGGCUCUAUGAAUGGACUGAGCGGGGGAUGGGGAAUGUAG